CGUCAGCGUGGUGCUGAGGUUUGCUUAGCAAAAAUGUCUGCCUAAGGGAAACUCGCAAGUUACAUUCAGGGAAUAUUUUGCAAAAUAAUACGGCAAGUAUCGUGAUUCCGGACUCGGCCGGGUGCGAAGAAGGAAAAUAAGACUCCCUUUCUCACGCCAGAUCGCCCUAGUUGGAUUUUUAACAGGAAAAGGCGUAGUUAAGGACCGCCAGGAUGAACCCUCAACAGCGGAUUGCCGCUAUUGGAACUGAUAAAGAAUUGAGUGAUCUGCUGGAUUUUAGUGCGAUGUUUUCUCCUCCGGUAAACAGUGGGAAAAACAGGCCAACCACCUUGGGAAGCAGCCAGUUCAAUGCAUCAGGAAUGGAUGAGAGGAGCAGCCAUUCUUCCUGGGGCACAGGUGGCCAGCCCAGUCCAUCCUACGAGUCCUCCAGGGGUUUUGCAGACAGCCCUCAUUAUGGUGAUCACUUGAGCGACAGUCGAUUAGUGUCCCACGAAGGCAUGUCCUCGACACCUUUCAUGAACUCCAGCAUGACGGGUAAAACAGAGAGGAGUCCCUUCCCCACGUACGGCCGGGAGCCUGCCGUCUCCGGCUGCUCGUCGGGCCUUCGGAGCGACGUGGGGCUGGCGGGUCCGGCGUCCGGCGCCGCGCCCGGAAAGGCUGCCCCUCCCUUCUUCUUUUCCGGCACCAACCCGAGAAGAAGACCCCUUCAGGAUCCGGCCCCCAUGGAUCCCUUACAAACAAAGAAAAUACGGAAGGUUCCCCCAGGACUGCCGUCAUCCGUUUAUGCACCGUCCCCGAACUCGGACGACUUUAACAGGGACUCGCCCACCUUUCCGUCCCCAAAGCCUCCCAGCAGCAUGUUUGGAAGCACUUUUUUUGACGGGUCCCAUAAUUCCUCUGACCCCUGGAAUUCCUCUAACGGGAUCAGCCAGCCCGGAUACGCCGGGAUGCUUGGAGGAUCGCAGUCGGGAAACUACGGCAACCUGCACUCACAUGAGCGCCUGAACUACCCCCCCCACUCCAUGUCCCCGACGGACAUCAGCUCCAGUCUUCCUCCCAUGUCCAGCUUCAACCGCAGCAACGCCAGCGCUUCGCCCUACGUCACCGUGUCCCACGCAUCGCCCGCUACCGCCACCGACACCGUCAUGGCGGGGAACCGUGGAAACGCCGCAGGGGGGUCACAGACUGGAGACGCGCUGGGGAAGGCCCUGGCCUCUAUAUAUUCACCUGACCACACCAGCAGCAGCUUUCCUUCCAAUCCUUCCACACCUGUGGGCUCGCCAUCGCCCCUCGCUGGCACAGCCGGAACAACAGGAUCCAGCCAGUGGCCCCGAGCUGCUGGCCAGACCCCCCCAUCCCCUGGCUAUGAGAGCUCCCUGCACUCCCUGAAAAGCCGAGUCCAUCAGCAGCUCCAUGAGCAUCUGCAGGGUGCCAUGUCUUUCUUAAAGGAUGUUUGCGAGUCGCGGAUGGAGGACCGCCUGGACCGGCUAGAUGAUGCCAUCCACGUCCUGCAGAAGCACGCUGGCGCCUCCAGUGGCCUCCCCGGGGACAUACACGGGCUCCUGGGCCAGACACACAACGGGCCAGUGGCGUCCAUGGCAGCGAACUACCCCGCGUCUGCGCUGGCCGCCAGCCGCACUGCCGCCAUGGGAGGACCUCACCGUGACGAAGCUUCCAGUCUUAACAAUCACACCGGCCUGCCCAGCACUGCCCCCGCUACCAGCACCGACGUCAACCAUCAGGCAGAUGGCUUCAGAGGUCUCGGAACAUCCCUGCCCACUCAAGGUGCCCUCAAGGUGGAGAAGCAAGACAAGGACGAUAUGCAGGACCACUCGUCCGACGACCUGAAGUCCGACGACGAGAGCGAUAAGAGGGACGUGAAGACUCCCAGGGGAGGGACCCGAACCAGCAGUAUCAACGAGGACGAGGACCUGAACCCCGAGCAGAAGGCGGAGCGUGAGCGGGAGCGCAGGAUGGCCAACAAUGCGCGGGAGCGGCUGCGCGUGCGCGACAUCAACGAGGCCUUCAAGGAGCUGGGCCGCAUGUGCCAGCUGCACCUGAAGAGCGAGAAGCCGCAGACCAAGCUGCUGAUCCUGCACCAGGCCGUGGCCGUCAUCCUCAGCCUGGAGCAGCAAGUGCGAGAGAGGAAUCUAAACCCCAAAGCGGCCUGUCUUAAGAGGAGAGAAGAGGAGAAAGUGUCCGGUGUGUCUGUGGACCCCCAGCAGGCCCAUUCGGGGGUGCACCCCAGCCUGGCCGACACAGCCAACCCUAUGGGCCACCUUUGAGCAGCCUCUAGAUGACAUCAUCUAGAUCUGUAUGAUAAAGAAUGGCUGACCUUGCUUCCUGAGGACAGACAGGACUCACGUUCGUGACACAAAAUUUGAGAAGACAAACCACUUGAAGCAAAAAUCCAGCAAAAGCAAUCCUGAGAUUGAGUAAAACUGGCGGCUCCCUCCCCCUGCGAAGAUUCCACCCCCCUCCCCCCCCAAGUUGAUCAGCGAAUUUCUGCCCACGAGUAAAAACUUGAGCACAUAUCACUCUGUUUGCACGCGGCGUGUCGAAUCUGAACAAUCGGAGGUCGAGGAGAUCCUCCCUCCUCCAGUUGUGGAAGACAUGGACUUGUGCCUAAACUGAAUUGACGAAUGCAUUGUAAUCACAUUUGUUUGUUUUUGUUUUUUUAUUUAUUGUGUUACUGAGGUUUAAGAAAAAAAAACAGUCUGUGUCUACAGGGAAAGUUAUGACGUCGCUUUUAGAGGCAAAUGAUGUUUCAGGCGAUUUCCUGUCGACCAGGGCCCUGGUCCGUCUCACAAAGUACCAGACAUCUGUCCUGUCCCAUCUGACUGGGCCAGACAGCUGGACCAGGAAGUUUGUACAUUUUAUUAUUACUUUUUAACCAGUUCAGGCUGAGAAAUGAAUUUCCCAUCUGAGAAUUUAUGGCGCAGACCAUUGUUUUAAAGAAAAAUGCAUAUUAAAUUCAUUCCACAAAUUUCAGCAAGUAGCCGAAACAUACUUAACUUGUCGUUUGUGUAGUACAGUCCAUGCAGGAUGCUACUAGACCGACUGUUACUGUCGACAGCUGGAGCGACAUGCCAACAUGGCACCGUUCGUUUAUGAGUACAGCAGGGAAAUGCUUCCCCAAGGACGAUGAGCUGUGGUUCUCUGCAAAGGUCAACUGAAAGGUCAAAUACAAUCUGGAUUUUUUUUUUAUAAUAAUGAUAUUAAUAAUAGCCCCUGUUCGAAGACGGGCCCAUGCAUUAUCCCAGUAUUACCACACAGGUGCAACUGGAGUGCAAACUUCAUUUUGCACAAGUAUUUUAAAAGCCCUGGGUGGGGGUUGAUGGAGCGCCUCGCCGGUUCUGCUGAACCUGGUGGAGAGCACCGAGCCCCUCGAUGGCCGGCAGGGUGGGCCGCUCGGGUUAGGGCACCGCGUUCUGUCUCCAACCCCCAGGUACCGCUAGGAGCCACUUAAGCGGAUCAGAAGCGGCAGAGAGAGCGAAGGCUUUAGCGCCCCCUGGCUGCGUAAAGGAACCCUAACGUCGUCUUAUUCCUUUGCCAUAUAGUGUUCGGUGUAAGAGAAAAAAACAUAUUGCUGUUUCCGCCGUUUGUUUUAUAUGUUUGCUUUUUGCCCUCUGGUCAUGUGAGCGACCUCGGCCAAGCUUCUACCCCAACUUUCCGGCCUUCCGUCACGCCGUUUGCACUAUCAGAGCUCACCAACAUGUAAGCGAAACCAUGACCAUUGCCUCAUCUGGCCUGAGUUCAAGCAUCGCAUCAUUAUCUUGCUGUCAAAAAAAAAAAACAGAAAAAUACAUACUUAUGUACGUCAAGUUCUUUUUUUUUAUUUGUAAUUAUAAACAAAUAAUACUUUCUAGGCUUCAUAGAAAAGCUUGUAAUGUCCAGUGUGGAAUGAGCAGAUGGAGAUUCUAAGUUAUUUAGAAUGGCUUUGGACUGUUGUUGUUCUUUGUUUGUUUGUUUGUUUGUUUCAUUUAAGCAGCAAAAUACUAAACACUUAAUACACUUUUAAAGAGUGCUGGGAGAGCUGUGUGCAGAAGGGCCCCUUAGUGCAAGGUACAGCUAGGGGACAUAAGAAUCAGACAGGCCGCCCCCCCCCCCCCCCCCCCCCCCCCCGUCCUUCCGCCCCUGCUUGGACAGACAGCGAAACGAUGAACAAAAGCAGUUUUGAACAUACAUUCAUUUCUCUUUUUAUAUCAAGAUCUGCUGAGGAAAAAGAGUGGUAGAUGCUUUCAUCUUGCUAAUUUGUCUGUGUGUGUGUGUGUGUGUGUGUGUGUGUGUGUGUGUGUGUGUGUGCGCGCAGACUUCAUGCUCUUUUGGUUUUGCUUUCCUCUUCUGGCUCUGCAUUCAGCGAGGUUCUCUGCAUUCGGCGUCUUCCGUCGUCAAACGAGGCUGCCACGUUCGGAAUAACAAUCAGCUAAAUAAAGGAACAAACGCUUCUAUAAAUAACGCUGAGGCAGGUGGCUAAGAAAGACACGUUCGCUAGGCCCCGCCCCUUAAGAAUAUACUGACGGGGACAGCGGCACGCGGCCCCUUUCCCUCCACUGUAGGUGUAGCCUUGUUCUACCUUUCAGUAUUCUGAGCUUCAAGAUGUUUCCAGAACAUGGGUUUCUGUUUCACUCCCAGGCCUGAAGUCCCCCACCCUUUCCAUUUUUCGUGUUUUUCGUGUUUUUCGUUCUUGAUUUUGUUUCUUUGUAAUUGUUUUGGCUUUGUUACGCUUCAGCAUUUGCCCACAAGCUUUCCUCCAUGAAUAUAAAAAAUAUAUUGAAUUAAAAAAAAAAAAACAUUUGGCUUAUUUUUACUGUAGUUAGUCUUUUAUACAAUAAUCUUGUAAGAAAGUUUCUUGAAUUCUAAAUAUUACUCUUUCUAGAUUUUUGAAAUCAAAAGUUUUCAGUAAAAAAAAAAAGUUUCUUACUUUAUUUUACUAUAUUAGGUAGUAAAGAUGUAGGGUUAUUUACCAUAACCUGUCCAUUAUUAUCAGAAAUUUACAAAUAGCAACCUAAAGAACAUAGUAGGAUUGUAGUUGCAGUCUAGUAUGUAUGGGGUAUUGUAACAAGCUCAGUGGUUCAGAUGGUGUGCUUCUCAUCUAGGUCUCCAGCCUCCACUCUCGGUUGAUUAAAGACUCGUACCUGUGUCAAAAUUCAAGGUAUUGUUGAUGCACAUCACGACGCCAGCUGCAAGAAGUUCAAUGGUUUCUGUCUCUGUAACAGGAAAAAAUAUGUAUAUAACAUUUAUGUAGCAAUAAAUGUGCCAUUUUUUUAACAAAA